AUGGUACGUCAGUUUUCAUUGGACGAAACCACGCCACAACGCAAAAUACGCUUGCCGGAAUUAAAGAUUCCCCAAUUUAAUGGAUCGUACACGGACUGGCCAGGAUUCAUAGCAAUGUUCACCACGGUAAUAGACAAUGAUGUUGAUCUCAGUAAAAUUGAAAAAUUUCAGCACCUUCGAGUGAGUGUAACAGGUGCAGCGUUGGACACGAUUUCCUCUUUGGAUCCCACUGAAGAAAACUACGAUAAAGCCCUCGAACUUUUUCGCAACAGGUUUGACAACAAGCUUCUCAAUUUUCAAGCUCACGUAUGCGAAAUUUUUAAUUUAAAAUGUGCCGAUAAAGGUUCUGCUGUUAACCUACGCCAACUUAGUGAUAAGUUAAAUUCACAUAUGCGAGCCCUACAAUCUAUAUGCAAGCAAGAAGAAAUUGCAGACGGCUUCUUGGUUUACCUGGUGACUUCAAAAUUGGAUUCGAAGUCUCAAUCGAAAUGGGAAGAAGACUAA